CAGAUUUGUUUAGUGCUAUUAAGUAAGGCUGAAUAAACAUUUAGCAAAAAUAGACAAUAAUAACAGAAGGGAACAAGCUCAGAUCAGGUGCUGAUGUCAUUGUAGCGUAGCUUUUCGUAAUUCUAGUUUUAUUGUACCCAUCUUCCGUAGAAGUCUCUCUUAAGUCUAUUCUUUAUUAAAAUCUGAACAUUUUUCCUCGUGUGGGAAAUACAUACUGUAGCAAGCCUGGACAAUGUACUACGUGAAAAAGAAGUCCCAGUACAACCUGCUAAGCAGCAGCAUGGAUCAAAAUCUCAGCAGUAGAGCGGCAUCCACCAGCCCAUACAGUUCUGAGCAUACUUCUAAUGUCCCAACGCCGUCUUCCUACUCACAGCCUAACUCUACUUUUGAUGCAAUGUCACCUGCUCCUGCCAUCCCAUCCAAUACGGACUAUCCGGGUCCGCAUAACUUUGAAGUCACUUUCCAGCAAUCCAGUACCGCAAAGUCUGCCACCUGGACGUAUUCACCAUUACUUAAGAAACUCUACUGUCAGAUUGCCAAGACCUGUCCCAUCCAAAUUAAGCUCUCCUCACCUGCUCCUCCUGGAAGUGUAAUUCGUGCCAUGCCAGUUUACAAAAAAGCUGAGCAUGUGACAGAGGUGGUAAAACGUUGUCCAAACCAUGAGCUUGGAAGGGAUUUCAAUGACAGUCAAGUAGCUCCAGCAAGCCAUCUCAUUCGUGUUGAAGGAAACAACUUGUGCCAAUAUAUUGAUGACCCUGUAACAGGGAGACAGAGUGUGAUUGUGCCCUAUGAGUCUCCACAGGUGGGAACUGAAUUCACAACAAUCCUGUACAACUUUAUGUGUAAUAGUAGUUGUGUUGGGGGGAUGAACAGAAGACCAAUACUUAUUAUCAUCACACUGGAGACUCGAGAUGGUCAGGUCCUGGGUCGGAGGUCAUUUGAGGGAAGGAUCUGUGCCUGUCCAGGAAGGGAUAGAAAAGCGGACGAAGACCAUUUCAGGGAGCAGCAGGCCAUGAACGACACUGUGGCCAAAAAUGGAAACGCCAACAAGCGCACUUUUAAACAGACACCACAGAACAUUCCUGGACCAGGAAUUACUAUCAAAAAGAGACGACAUGGAGAAGAAGAGAUAUAUUACAUUCCUGUCCGUGGUCGUGAGAAUUUUGAAAUUCUUAUGAAAAUAAAAGAUAGCCUAGAACUUGUGGAGUUGGUCCCUCAACAGUUGGUAGACUCAUACCGACAGCAACAGCAGCAGCUUUUGCAGAGACAGAACCAUAUGCACUCUCCUUCCUCCUAUGGACCUGUGAUGUCCAAUCUGAACAAAGUACACGGAGGGAUCAACAAGCUGCCAUCUGUCAACCAGCUUGUAGGACAAACAUCCCAGCAAAGUCCUAAUACUGCCACCAGUAUGGGACCCAUGGGGCCCAGCCUGAUUAAUAGCCACCACAUGCACAAUGGUGAUAUGAACGUAGCUCACACCACUCAGUCAAUGGUGUCAGCUUCACAUUGUACUCCUCCACCAUCCUACAACCCUGACCCAAGCCUCAUAAGCUUUUUAUCCAGCCUUGGGUGCCAAAACUGUGUGGACUACUUCACCUCCCAGGGACUGCAGAGCAUGUACCACCUUCAGAACCUGACAAUGGAGGACUUGGCCAUUUUAAAGAUUCCAGAGCAGUAUCGUCUUGUCAUCUGGAGGGCCCUUCAAGAACUGAAACAGAACCACGAUUACAACAGUCAGCAGCUGAUCCGUUCCACUAGCAGCAACACAUCAACCAUGGCCAUAGGCCCCACUGGGGAGCUACAACGCCAGAGGGUUAUGGAAGCUGUACACUUUCGUGUCCGUCACACUAUCACUAUACCCAAUCGAGCCGGGGCUGGGGGCUCUGAAGACUGGUCAGACUUUGGCUUUGAUAUGCCAGACUGUAAGUCCAGGAAACAGUCUAUCAAGGAAGAGUUUACAGAAGGUGAGGUCAACUAGGAAUUUUGGUAGAGAAGGGGGUAAUCACCCCCCUCCCCCAGUAAAACAGACUUGCCUUCAUUGAUACAUUCUUAUAGCCACUUGAUCCCCUCAAUAUCAGUUUAAGGCAUUGUUUAAGGUCUUGUAAAAUGACUAUAUUAAGAUUGCAAUAUGAAUCAGCAAAUUUUAGCAAAUCUCAUGGAUCAUAGUUUUGGAAUCAUUCCCAAGUUUUUGUCUAAAUUUUUAUGUUUGCAAACAAUUGAUUCCAUGGAGAAGCGUACCGCAGCACUGAAUUUUGCUUUGAAAUGUAGUGCAUCUGUUUCUCAUGAUCGCAUGUAUGUCUCUUUACAUAUUUUGAAGAUUCUAUCCUAAACUUGGGAGAAGAUGACAAAACAAUGCCUCUCUGGACGGGGCAACAGUGAUAUUAGCUGGUGUCACUAUCUCUAUUUGGGAUGAAGCCACUAAUCAGUAGCAAUUAAAAUAAGAAGAGGGGUAAGAAAUCUGUGACUUCAACUAGGAGGUGUCUGACACACUCGUCUGGAAAAGAAAAAAAUGUCAGUAGCGAUGUGGGUGACAUGUGCCACCACAGCCCCUUUGCCAAGAUCCUUAAUCUGCCAUUAAAAGUCAAAGAGGACAAGAAGUGAGAGUGCAGGUGUGCCCCCUUCUGGACACUGCUAACCAACCCACUAUAAAUUUGUAUUUAUAUGUAAAUUUCACAGAAUGGACUUCCAAAAGUGUUCUAUGCUCACGGGCUGAUAUGUGUCAAUACAGAACCCAAGAAACCAAUGGGUCUCCGACAGACAGCGGCAUUCCUAUCGCUUUGUGUGAAUGCUCAUCUUCAUGUAAAUUAUGUGUGUAUAUAUGUUUAUAUUGGAAAUGACGCGUGAACAAUCACGUUUGUGUCUCUAUUUUUGUUUUUUGGUGAAACAAUUUAAAUUGUCAGUUGAGAUCAUGUUUUACUUUUGUUUUAAGAAAGCAUUUGGUUUUUCACUUGUCAACAAAAAACACAAGCGGUUUGGUUGAUAAAAAAUUUCAUUUUUCGUGGAUACUUAAAAAAAAAAAUGUUUUAGUCCUAGCUGUAAGUAACUGUUUUGAUUUUUUUUUUUCGCACAAUAACAGCGGUCUUGUAUGCUGGCUUUAUGUUUUACGUUGUACUGAGGAAAUUUAAAUGAAGACUGUUUUUUGAAUCACCACAAUAUACUUAAAAAAAGAAAAAUGUUGAAACUAGGAGGAUGACCUUCUGAAACAGCAGCACAGUGAAUUCCUGCCCAUCUAGCCCCCUUGUAACCUCGGCCUGGUGGGUGUAGCUAUGAAGCCAGUACAAUUCUCAGCUUCAGUUGUGCCAAAGGAACACCCAGUAAGCAAAGCAGACUGUGCGGCAGUUCCCAGUGGAGCUCCUGCGUCCUCCUAGCUGUCUUGGCAGACACUGGUGGCUCUCAUCAGGGAGUUAAAGACCAAGCGAGUCUGUGAGAGCAUUGUGUGUCAUUUACAUAAAUUCAAAAAACAGUCUCCUGAUUGGUUCAGUAUGCAAGAUUUUCAUCUCAGGAACUCCCAGUGCAUUGACAAUUCGUUUAUAAAACUGUAAGAAAUCAACCUCUGCUGUCAGGUAACAUUUAUGAGAUGAGCUCUAUUGUAUAUUGCCGAAGGCAAACCCCUAGAAGGGGACACAGUAUCAGAUGUGUAUAUAUGUGCAUGUGAUGACGAUGUUGUAGAGUCUGCAGGCAGGACACAGUAUGCGCACCAGGGCUCUUUGGCAGCUAAAAUAUUCCCAAGAUGCAUAGUUUCUCAUUUGAGAUCCUUCUGAGUGGGUCUGCCUAAAGGAAGCACAGAGACUUUUCAUUUUAUGAGCAUACCUAAAUAAAGAUAAUCAAAAAAGAAACUGACGUCUAACUGAUACACAGAAGAACACAUACGGUAUCUUUUCCUUCUCCUUCUUCUUCUGUAGCUAUCGCCAUUUUUUUUUUUUUUUUGACAAGACUAAUGCAACAGAGGUUUCGGUGCGAUACUCUGACAACACUGAAGGCCACUAAUCUGGCCUUAAAACAGUAUUUUGUAUUUUUUUCUGUUUGAUUUGUAUUAGCAAAUGUAAUAAUGUAACUUAUUAUAUGCUUCAAUUUGGAGAGCAGAAGCAUUUUGUAGGAAGGACCAACUGUAAGUGCAGAUUUUAGCAGCAGGUUACUUUACUGCAAGAUGCUCAUCAGCCUGGAUUUAGAUGAGCAACUUUUUUUUUUUUAAGUGUAAUUUUAUAUUUACAGAUAUAUCUGUUAAAAUUAAGAAUUAUAAUACAACAGAUACAUAUUUCUAUAACCAAAAGAUGACAAGUCCAAUCAAAAGUACAAUUAACACAGUGAAUCACUGAAAGAGUGAAGACGCUUUUUGCAUAUUGUAAAUAGUAUUGCAUAGUAUUUAUUUCACUUUGUUGCAUAAAAAUACAUUUCUUGCGCUGAAAAGUAAGCUAAUCUUUAAAUAAUUUAAACAAUGUUUUUGUUUCUUUACUUAAUAAUUUAAUUUUUUUGUCAUAAAUGAUAUUUGCAAUUUAUAAGCUCAACGUGCUGUGCACAUUUAUAAAUAACUUGGCAGGACUCACGCCAUGACAGAGCGCACACCCCCAGCUCACACUUGUGCUUUACUGUAACUUGCAUGCACGUCCUCGGGAUGAGCAAGUAAACCAAACGAAAAGCUGCCCCAGGGCACUGGCCCAGGUCUGAGAAGCUGUGAGGCGGCAUCGACAAACAAUACACCGGGGCCUGGCAUCAGCUAGACUCCAUCUUUAGCCUCCUCGUGUGAACAUUUACAUUCAAACAUGACCUUCCCAGCCAGCAGAAGUUAUUUUUUGGAUGAUAUAAAUGCAGCUGUUAGCACAGAAUAUUAAAAUAUUAACUGUCAUGCACGGCAAAUUUUAUGGCAGCUUUUCUUGUGAGUCUAAGAGAGCAUCACCUGGGCACCUCAGUGUGCUUCCACAGCUCACAAGUUGCUUGUCCAUGGCCUGCACGUUGUGUAAGUUGUUAAUUAGUCUUAGGCAGAAGAAGUUGCGUGAGGACCUAAUCCAGGUCUUCAAAACUCUCAAAGGCGUUGGUAAAGGAGAUCCAGCAGGAUUCUUUGAGCUUACCAUUGAAUCUCAUACUCAAGGACACCAGUGGAAAUUAAGGGGAAGUGCAUUUAAGACUGAAGCCAGUAAACAAUUCUUUACGCAAAGAGAUGUGGGAAUUUGCAACAGACUACAUGUAGCUGAAGCAGAAACCCUGACCAGCUUUAUUGGGGCAGCUUAGCUAUUAGCUAAACCAAAGAACAUGAUGGACUGAAUGGCCUCUUCUAGUUUGUCAAAUUGCUUGAUAGCCCACACCUUCAAGUGUGGUAUUAUUAAUUAAAAAAAACUUACAUUAAUGGAAUAAUACUUAGGAUAUUGCAUGCUUGGGGAAUUUAAUAUUUGUAACUCGUCCCAGUCAAAGUGGAUGCGCUCCAUGACAGAGUGCUCAUCUCAUCCCCACUUGGUUUGAACUUUGUGUGCAGAGCUGCUGGGAUAAUUCGGACAGUAGGCUCAAAACAUGAAUGAAGGGACAUUGCUUGUUAAUGUUCACACUAAUUCAGCCAAAACAAAUAUUUAGUAAACUUGCCAGUUUGCAUGUUCUCCUGUCUGCAUGAGCUUCCCCCAACAGUCCAAAGACAUGCAGGUUAGGUGGACUGGUGCCCCGUCUUAGGGGACUGUCCCAAUGUUUACUGCAACCCACUCUCUACUCAGGAUUAAGCUGGCUUUGAAAAAGUUGUUACUUUUGAGAUGCACUUUUAGUCCACCAUCUGCUGGUUUUCUAUGUUGUUGCACUGCAUAACGUUUGCACAGAUCUGUAAAACUAAACAUCUUUAGGAUGCUGUCUUCAUGCGUCCCGCAGGGCUUAAGUUAUCCCUCCCCACAGUUCUAGCUAAAGACGCCUCAUUUUGAAGAUCAUGCUAUUUCGGUCGACUGCAUUCUUUUCUCAGUCUUCAUAACAAAUGCUUUUUUAUUCAUUAGUUUUCUGGUAAUAUUCAAAAUGCAUUUCAGUUUAUCAAAAAAGUCAUGCAUGUGUCAUGUUGUGCUCUUAGGCAGUGGCCUCAUCUUCUUCAUCUGUGACCUUAAAUAUAAAGAGCUGGAAAAUCAGCAGUAAACCUCUGGCACACUUGCCACAAAGCCCUGGUCUUGUGCCUUCAGUGUCCCCAACAUGGGCGCCACUCAAAUGUUUUGGUGUCAUUGGCCAAACUACCCACCUCUGCUUUUACAGUAGCAAAGUAAAAUGUGAGAAUGUGUGUCAUCAGAUGAACACACACACAUCCUCACCUAGUGCUUGUCUUCUUAUUCUGAGGGUUAGACUUCCAGCUGGAAUACUUUUGUAUAACAUAUCUUGGACCUCAGGAUCAUCCGUCCAAUUUCCUGAAUCUCGUUUUGUUUUCUCUUAAUGCUGCUAGGAACACAGGAACCAUUCUUUGCAGGGCACACUGAACACAAAUGACAUACCUGGCAUCUCUUUGGGAUAUCAGAGAAACAAAGACUUGGGAGGAAUGUUCAGACUCCACAGGGAGGCCUUAUUCACCACUAAUGCACUGAACUGGCAGUGAAUCUGUUGAAUUUUACUAAAAUGUGUGGAGAUAUGGGACUGGUGCACAUACUGUCCACCUGGGGUCCAGCAGCUAUCAGUGUUAAGAGACACUUGCAUCUAGUAGCAGAUUAAAGCACUUUACAUGCUUUAAGGUUAUUUUUCCAAGUCUUCUUUAUUGUUCACCUUGCUUUUAUUUUUCAGCAGUAUUAAACGUUAUGUACUCCA